AAUUAUCAGCUGUAAGUACUUUCAUUAAAAGGCAAUGCAGGAAAAUGUCCUGUGUGAAUUGAUAUUAUGCCAUCACAUUAAUAUAGCCACAGUCUGUGUAGUUAGACAUGCAGCAACCGAACUCUAAAAACCAGCAGCCCCGCAAUAUGCGGAUCCCUGUGUAGUUCGCGGUCCAUUGUUCAAUGCCGAACCUGAUGUGAAAUGAAAGAGUAUGAUUAACUCCUGGUAAACUUCGUCACAGCUCUCAAGAGUGGACCACUAAAGUUACACCAUGAGUAGCCCCGGAUUGGUGAUUCUGGCUCUGUGGUGGCUAAUAGCAGAGUUGUUAUCGGAUUCAAUCUCCAAAGGAGUAGAAGCCAGCCUCCAUGCUUGUCCUGGGGCAUGCAUUUGUGCCUCGGACCUACUGAGCUGUGUUAGUCGGAGUCUGUCCAUGCUACCUCCUGGACUCCCCAACACUGCAACUAGCUUGGACCUAAGUCACAACAGCUUCCAUCAGCUGCAGGACAGAUGGCUGGCUCAGCUACCUCGUUUGCACACGCUCCGAGUUGGGAACAACCACAUCAGUCACAUUGCAGUAGGGGCCUUCCGUAAUGCCUCCCGGCUUACCCACCUGGACCUGUCCUCCAACAGGCUGCACUCAGUGGAGAAACACUUCUUCCAGGAACUGACCAAUCUGCAAGAGCUGCUGCUUUACAACAACAAGAUACAGCGGGUGGACAGCGACGCCUUGCCUGCCCUCAGCAACGUGCAGAAGGUGUACCUUAGCUGGAACCAGCUGACCGAUUUUCCUUUCAGUGCAAUGCUGGACAACAGCCUGCCUCAGCUGAAAAUAAUGGACAUCUCCUCCAACAAGCUCUCUUCCAUUCCCAUUGAUGAGGUGAUUGCAUUGCCUCAGACUAUUAAGAAUGGACUCUACCUUCACAACAACCCUUUCACAUGUGACUGUACUCUAUACAGCAUGUUCUUGCACUGGGAGAAAAGCGGAUUUAACUCUGUUCAGGACUUCCGGGAGGAGCACACCUGCCUGGUCCUUAGGCGGCCCGCAGCCUCACUGCGCUUCCUGAAGCACCGCAAAAUGUUUGAGAACUGUACCUUUGUUGGCAAAGAAGUGAUCAGCAUGGGAGAUGCCAACUUCGUGGGGGAGGUGGGGAAGCCAGUGUUGAUCACCUGCGAGACCAGCUUGCGGGGUAAGCAGACAACUUACCUGUGGAUUUCACCAAACAAAGAACUUAUCACAAACAACUUCAACCAGAUGAUCAAACUCCACUCCAACGGGAGUCUGGAGAUCCGCAAGGCCCGUAAAGAGGACUCUGGUAUCUACACAUGCAUAGCAACCAACAAGUGGCUGAUGCGCAAUGACACCCAUGAGGUCAAUGUCACUGUGCACCAUGGAAAGCACAAUAGCGAAGGCUUCAACACAGGGCUCACCACUCUCCUAGGGUGUGUAGUGAGCCUCGUCUUGGUGCUCAUAUAUUUAUUUCUGACUCCAUGCCAUUGCCGCUGCAGGCCACCGCAGAAUCCCACCCCGCCAAACGAGUGCAGUGCCCACUCCUCGAUACUAAGUGCCACCCCGCCCUGCAAUGAUGAAGCUGGCCGCAAAGCUGGCGGAAAGCAUGUGGUGUUCUUAGAGCCCAUAAAGGACUGCCAGAACGGCAAGAUACGGCUUGCUAUCAGUGAGGAUUUCCCAGACAUCAAAAACCCAAAAAUCCUCCAACUGAAAUCAGACUCAGACUCCAUCAGUUCAGUCUUUUCAGACACUCCCAUUAUGCCCUAGGUUCUUGCAAGGAUAGAAAGGUUUUCCAUGCACUGCUGAGUAACCCAAUCUACUCACUGAGCAUUGCUGGUGUGAGUCAAGUACCCAAGUGAUGUUGUGCACCAGCACUCGAUAUCAUACACCAAAAUGCACUUCAAUAAGUUUACGAGUAGUUCUGCACAGGUCAUUUAACAGUGUCGGGAAAUGUAGGUAAUGGUAUUGUGCAAAUUACAGCUCUUUGCGCUCCUCACAGGGUUGGAGUGGAUCUCACCGCUCAUCCUGGUGCCUUGUCUUCGGCAGAAGUCUCCCUCCAGCCAGUGACGGGAACAACAACAGGAAAGAUAUGGGAUAAGGGAAGUCAGACACUGACCAGAACUUUUUAACUGAUGCUAAAUUAAGGAACUAUAUCAAAUAUAUUGUCCUAAUUGCAUACAUAGAGUAUUUAACAAAGCAUUGUAUUAUAUCAUGUAUUCCAUGUCCUCUGCAAUGAUGUAAUCCUUAAUAGGGCCUGAUUUAUAAUAAAUAAUAUGAUUCGUUUCUA